AUGUCCAUAAACCGUGUGGGACCAUCUCCUGCUCGCUUCGUUGUUUUAUCGUCACAGGACCAUGGGAGAGAAAAAACGGAGUAUUCUUUACUGACUAAACUUCGUUCCUUCUCAAACAGUUGGGUGAUGCUCUCUGAGACGGAGGGCUUCGUCCGUCUUCCCAAUGAGCAUCUCAUCUACACAUCUCCGCCACUCUAUCUUCCCUCUCAGCCAAGUGACCAGUUUCAGUCGUUCACAGCUCCCCUCCUCAACAUCCACGAUAGUCAUGUUUCGGCCCCUUUCUUCGGACCCAAUGUAUGGACGGCGAUCGUCCAACCAGUAUCUGGCGGCGGAAUUCCACCUUCACUACCGGUCGUCGAGCUUAAAGUGACCUUUAAAGAAGGAGGUGCUUUUGACUUCCAUUCAAAUUUCGAGCGGAUCAAGGACCGUCUGCACCAGGCUGUCGAGCAUGCGAGGGAGAGUGGCUUGAUGACUGGAAACGGCCCUGCCGGGGUCGAUUACACCAAUGUCCAUCUAGACGAACUACCAGCCUACGAAGGUCCCAGUGACGCUCCACCGUACCCGGGGACAUCUCAUGACACAGAAUUUGGGGUCCCUCCGGAGGGCGCUUCGAAGCCACCGCCUCCACUCGGCGAAGAGACAGAGAGUUCCGCGUUUGAACCUCCUACGGAACCACCUCCAGGAUACGAGGAGGUUCAACAGCAGAGUGUGGCCAACGAGCUAGAAAACCGAUUGCGCCAAGCUAGCUAG